AUGCCAUGUUUAAAUCCCUACGGCUGGAUCAUGGUGUUGCACUUAUUGAUUAAAGAUGAAAAGAAAUAUGAACCGAAGGUCGAUCAUAUCAAGAGGAUGUUGAUUUCGUACAUCCAUGAGGCAAUAAAGAUGGAUGUUGAAAUAGCUUUGAUGUUGCGAAAGAAACAAAUAUUUCUUCUCAAAGAUUCUACGAAGGACAUUGAAAAGAUGAAGAUGGGGAGAAUUGAAAAAGAUAACUGGAGUGUGAUGUUUCAGCGGGGAUCAAAAGAAAGAGGAGACAAGAAGAAAUGUGUUUUUUUGUUACCUUAUAAACACUUGUUUUCCACUACUUCCUUGAAUUACGUUUUGGAAAUAACAGGUAGUUGCAAAGAGAAUGAUGAUGCUGCAAAUAAGAGCUACUCAUAUAUGAUCAGAUGGUAUAUAUCAAUUUGGAGUACUCUCCUUAGUAUCAUGCCCAAGCUCUUCAAGAUGCAGAAACCAACACAACUGUGA